AAACCGCUUUAUAAGCAGCUCGUGGUAAUACAAUAAUUCCGGAAAUGUAUUUCCUUUGUGUUUUUCCAGUGUUCUAACUUAACAGUUCAAGGUUUACGACUGAGUGUGUGUAUUUGUGACGUUAAAGAAGACGGCAAGAAGUCGCGGUCACCAUUAAGCGAGUUUGUGUGCCGAAGAGAAGAGUAGUUGUGUGUGCCUGAACCACGAUGAGGCUUGGUGUGCUGUUGGUGCCCCUGGCAGUUUUGGUGUGCGCUGAAUUACACGAAGUGAACUCAUUCCCAAAACAUGAACGACAGCCGAGAUCACUACUGGACGGGAAUGGUCUCCUUGGUGGACUGGGGAAGAUUCUGAAACCCCUGGGUCACAAUCGCGACGGAUCCAGUUCGAAUUCCGACAGCCGUACGUCGCACCUGGAGUUCACUGGGCCUCUCGGACUCCUGAAGUUCAACGUGGAUUCGGCCUCAGCUAACGCUGGGUCCCGCGGUGUGGGCGGCGCAGGAACCUUAUCAUCUUCGAACGCUGCAUCGAAUGCCCAUUCUGGAGGCGGCGGUGGUAGCUGGGGCGGAAGUGGAAGCUCAGCAGCAUCAAACGCCAAUUCAAAUUCAUUCGGUGGCGGAGGAUUCAGUAAUAGUGGGGCUUCAUCUAAUGCCGGUUCUCAGACAUACGGUGGCGGAGGCGGUAUUCAUAGUUCUGCGGCCUCAAAUGCUGCAGCGAAUGCAGGUUCGAACUCUUUUGGAGGAGGCGGCUCUUCUGCAUUAUCUUCAUCUGAAGCUCAAAGCAGCGCGUACACCAAUUACGACAGGGGAUUUAGUGGCGGAGCUGGUUUCGGCCCUCCACACCCCGGAGGCUUUGGCGCACCAAUUCCAGGCAGACAUUACCACAAACACCACUUCCAGAACCAAUUUGGUGGGGGAUUCAACGGCCAGUUUGGUGCCCAGGGUGGUGGAGGAUUUGCUCCAGGAGGAGGUGAAGUCUUUGGAGGACAAUCUGGAGCAAGUAGCAAUGCUGCUAGUCAAGCAGGUGGAUUCAGUCAAGGUCACGGAUUCAAUGAAGGAGGUAGUUUCGGUGGUGCUAAUGGAUUUGGCGGAGGUUCUGGUAAUGCCAAUCAUGGGUUUACCGGUGGCUUUAAUCAAGGAGGUGGUGGCGGUUUUGGAGGUUCUUCGGGAGGAAGUCAGUCAAGUUCUUCCAGCAACUCGGGUAGUCAGUCAGGUGGUGGAUUAGGAGGUUUAAAUCCAACUGGAAGUAACUCCCAGGCCGCAAGUAAUUCAGCAAGCCAGUCAGGUGGUGGGUUAGGUUUAUACCCAGGUGGAAGUAACUCCCAGGCCGCAAGUAAUUCAGCAAGCCAGUCAGGUAGUGGGUUAGGAGGCUUCAGUCUAAUCAAAACCAAUUCUCAAGCAGCUAGUAAUGCUGCAAGUCAGUCUGCUGGUGGAGGAGUUGGAAGCAACGUUCAGGGCGAAUUCGGAGGUUCAAGUGAUGAUGCUGCUAUUGUUCAAGUCUUUGGGGGUGGUGGAGGUGGAGGCUCGCAUAGUAUUUCCGAUAGUCAGUCUGGAUCUUCAACUAAUGGAGGGCUCGGUAGUUCAUCAAGUCAGUCCAACAGCCAAUCUGCAUCCUCUUCUGGUUCUGGUGGCUUUGGCGGGUCAUCCAGUGGAUCUAGCAGUGACGCUUUAUCGUCUUCUGGUUCGUUUGGUGCUGGUGGAGGUAGUAAUUCUAAAAGCCAGUCGUCUUCAGAUUCGUAUAGUGGAUCAGGAGGCUCCAGAUCUUCCAGUCAGUCCAGUGCAUCAUCCGACAGUGAUGCAAUAAUAUUUAUAAAGUGAAUCCGAUGUGAUUUCUGUCGCAGAAGUUUCUACGUUAAGUGUCAGUCUUCUGAUCAGUCUCCCAAAGAUGUGACUGAUAAAUACUGUGUUUAAUAUUCAAUUUUACGCUGCAGGGCUACAAUAUAAACAUGUAUGAGCUCGUAUGUAACAUUCUUUGCUUUGAUGUGUUCAGUGACACUGGCCCCAUAUCUGUAGAAACUUAUCUUUGCUCAAUUAUUUUAGCGCUUUGACUAGUAUGAUUUUUUAUGAUCCAAUAGACCAUCAAAGACGUAUCCUUUUUCCAAGAGGAAUAGCCCACAUAAAAAUGUUUACAAAAUGAGUUAAUGAAAGUGCUCAUGCUCAAAGAAACUCAAAUUGUAUUGAGAUUCAUAUUAUAUAAAUGCUUUUUAAAGGGGUUGAGUGUAUUCAGGAAAAACAUUUAAUGCACAUGUUAAGAUAGAAAGACCUCAAUUCUUGCCGUUGUUUUAUUAUGUCCAAACUUGUCAUCAUGAAUGUAAUCAGUUUCAGUUCAUGCGCCAACAUUUCGGAUAAAUAUGCCGCCUUUAUCUUCAGGGUUUAAUUGAACAAAGAAUGUUAAAUGGUUACGUGGGGGAAGGUAUAAAGAUCGGGACAGGGCUUUUCAGUCCUGAACAUGGAGGUAGUUUUUCCUGGUGGAACAUUGUCAUGUUUUGUAGGUGAUCACGUUAUGUACCUAGUAGAAUUCAAGGCGCAUUAACACAGAAGAAUACAAUCUGAACUCAUACUUACACCAUUUUUUGUGUUUGGGCUUUGAACUUGUACGAGCAAGGUUGUCAUUUUUAUUAUAUUUCUGAAAACUGAAUAGUUACUUCGGGAAAUAAGUAGGGAGAAAUAUAAAGCUCAUUUGUUUAAACAUAUGAAAAAUGUGUAUUUGGAACUAAUAUAUUUUUCAUAAACGACAAAACCAAAAAACCUGAGUUUAUUAUAAAUCUGACAUUUUAUAUAUGAUUCUUGAUAACUGAUAUGAAGCCAGUUUUAUUUGUAAACAAUAUUUGACAUUGCUUACUAUGUUAAUGCAUUAAAAAGUAUUAAAAUAAAAGUGUUUUGUAAGUAA